CCCAGAGCGCUAGUUGAAAGUAAAACACGCAAUUGCUAUCUCUGUACUGUGAUCUUUUUUGCUGAUGAACUUCACUGCAUGUGCAUCGAUGAGUCGAAGGAUGUGAAACUAUAUUGCACUUGUCGAUAAAAUGGGGUGCACCGCUGCAAAGAAUAUGGUAGUCGAACCUUUAGGUAAUACGAAAGUGAUACAUUUAUCAAACGGCAUGGAUGCUUCCCGAAAACUAUCAACUCCCAAAAAGGUGUCCGAUUUACCUGCUUUGGUCGGAGUUGACCCCCAAACCGAAUACUUGGAGUCCGGUCCGCUCAACAACGUUCAUCAAACACAAAAUGGAUUAUCGUUUGACAUCUCCUUCGAGAAUGAAGACGAGAGUAUUAUUAGAAAGCACCCGCCAAAGAGAUUUCAGAAAUUAGAAGACGAUCAAAUAAGUUCUCCCUUGUCCAUAGACCGAUUGCAAGAGAAAUUAGACGAAGCAGAAGUUAGAAGACAGCAGAUUCUUCAAAAUCGAAUUCAGUCGGCACAAUUAAGGAAGGUGCUGAAAAAACCUUUAACGGUUGACUCCAUUCAAGAAGACGAAAUUGAUUAUCUCCAAGUUCCCGAUGAUAAACCUAAUACUCCUUUUCUUAAAAAUCCACCAGGAGAUCAACCUAAUACCGUUAUAGUAACUACUUAAAACUAUGUAUGAGUAAUAUUAUUUAACUGUACAAGCAAAAUCCCUAUUUACUGUCAAACCUAAAAACCUCUCAUAGCUUAAAGGUCUGAUUUGACGUAAGACAAGUUUGACUUGUUUUAUAAUCAAUUUCAUAACACUCUUUUGAGUUUGAGAACAUACAUGCUGGUUUUAAUUUUUUUUAAAUUAACCAUGAUAAAAUUUAUGAACUUCCUGUUUGCAAACUUGUUGAUGUUAUUGUCCCUGAGACCUUUAAGUUGCUUUACUUUUGAUCCUUUGAAGGUCCGUUAAAUUUGCUGAACUCAAAUUUAUCGGACAAUAUUAACUGACGCUGUGUGUGUAUUUUAAGAGAAUUACUAUUUCAAAUUUUUGUACUCUCUCUCAAAACUCAACUAAUAAAAUCAAGAAUUAUAUUACAAAAUAGUUUACGUAUUCAGA